CCAGCUGAAGUUGCACGUCACACAUGUGAUUUCAACCUCGUAGUUUUGUCUUCGUGGAUUUUGAAAUAGUUGGAUCGAGAGGCCUGAGAACAAGGGUGAACAUUUUCCCAAACUAUCGUUCAUGUCGUUGUGUCCGUGGAGCGGUUCAGUUGUAUUUGAACAAAAAUUUAUAUUUUUUAAUAUUUAGAGGGUGUCGUCAGUAGCUGACAGAAAAUGGAUGAUCUUUUGGAGUUAGAUGUACAUGAAGCUGAAGAGGAUGAAGAGUUCAAAGUGGAUGAAGAAUCUGACCAGGGCAUCCAGAAAUUGAAGCAAAAUGCCAGGAGGCGUAAAGGAAGAGGUUUUGUUGCAGAUAACACUGGCAUCAGGACAGCAGACACAGAUUUUGAACCAAUGGAUGUUGACACUGGAGAAAGUGGGCCUCAGAGAUCCGUUGAGGGCUGGAUUCUCUUUGUGACUGGGGUUCACGAGGACGGAUCAGAAGAAGACGUCCGUGAUAAAUUUGAGGAGUACGGACUCAUCAAGAACAUCCACGUCAAUCUGGACAGACGAACUGGAUUCCUCAAGGGCUACUCGCUGGUUGAGUUUGAGACCUUCAAGGAAGCCCAGAAAGCCAUGGAUGCACUGAACGGCAGCGAGUUACUGGGCCAAGAAAUCACUGUAGAGUGGGCAUUCGUCAAAGGACCCCACAAAGAUUCCAAGAAGAGGAGUGGCCGUAGGAGAUGAAAUGAGCCAUCAAGGUCCCUGCACCAUUGUUGCACCAGUGUUCAACCUGUCAAAGAUGCUAAGUCCUGCCCUGAACCUAACACUUGUAAAGAAACCAGAGAUUUCUUCUUUCCCGACAAACAUUCAUUUACAUGUAGGUAUUGGGAUUGGUACAUCUUCACUAAAGAAGCACAAUACAACCAGAUUGGGGGUUGAAAAGAGAAAUUGUUUUUUUUUCCAAUCUACUUGUUUACCAAGUUUGUUUCAUAUUUGUGAGUUUUUGAAAAUUUCUUGGAAAGUGACCGGUUGUUUUCCAAGCCCGGAGACCAAGGUUGGGGACUGUUCAUUCAGAGUGUUGUAUCAAAUGUUCAAUCGUUUAAGGCCACAAUUUUAUUUUGACUGACCAUUGUCCAAGUAUGACACAUAUGACUGCAGUUUCAGAUUCUUUGUGGUCUAAACCUUCAAUCUGUAUCAUGUUUUGUAGAUUCUGUAACCAUGUUCUUCAUGCUCUUCAGCAGGUUGAGUUUUUUUAAAAGUUCCACUUUCACAAUUCAAUUAAGGAUAAAAAAACGAACCGGUUGCAUUUCUUUUUAUUUAGUAUUAUGAGCCGAUUUAAAGGUUGUGCAUAUUUAGGCAUUUUGUUUUUCACCUUUGUUUUAGCUUUUUGUGUAUUGUUUGGAUCUGCACUUCUCCAGUAGUUAGCCGUUCGUGCUCCUUGUUCAAAUGGGAAAGUGAAAUAAAAAAGAUAUAUUUCUCUUGACUUGGAUAAAAACUUAUCUUGCUGAAUUUGCCUGAUGUAUGAACAGAUUGUUUGGGCAACCAUUGGGGAAGUGACCUUCUGUAAAUGUGACAAGUUUUUAUUAAAACACGUUAGUUUGAACAAGAAUGUU